GCCUGUCUCGGCGUGGCGCGGGGAGGUCGGCGCCCGGCGUAAGAGGCUUUGGUGAAUGGCCGUAAGAUUGCGCGAGGCCGCGGCGGCGGCGGCAGCAGUAGUAAAGUAGUAAAAGCUUGAAAGCCCAAGCCAAGCUCACCCGCAGGAGGAGCAGCAGCAGCACCACUGCGGAGUGGGAGGAGGAGGCGGCACCCCGCGCGCGCGCCGGCGGUUUUUGGUACCGAGCGGAGAGAGGGAGAUGCACACGGCACACUCGAGCUGAGAAAACAGAAAUGAAGGUACACAUGCACACACAAUUUUGCCUCAUUUGCUUGCUAACGUUUGUCUUUCAUCAAUGCCACCAUUGCCACGAAGAUGGACAUGACGAAAGUGCCGAGGUCACAACCGCAGCGUCACAACCGCAUAGCCACAACCACAACGACUAUCAGAUCUCGGAGAAAGCUGAAGAGAAACAGAAAUACUACAUUGAAAAACUCUUUGACCGCUACGGCGAAAAUGGAACGCUCUCGUUUUUCGGCCUGGAGAAAUUGCUGACAAGCCUGGGCCUGGGAGAAGUGAAAGUAGUGGAAAUAAAUCAUGAGGACAUUGGCCACAAUCAUGUAUCUCACUUAGAUGCAAUAGAAGUACAAGAAGGAAGGCAUUCCCAUUCCCAUCCCCACCACCACCCUCCUCAUUCCCAUACUCACUCAGAGAACCAGACCACGAACGAAAGGCCUGCCAAAAGAAAACGGAAAUGUGACCCCGAGAAAGAAGCAGCAGAGCCAUCUUUAAAAUCUGACAGCAAACACACUCACGACCACAAUGACCACAGGCACCGGCUCCAUCACCUCGGCCGCAACGGUACUCGCCACUCCCAUAACGAUUCCACCAGCGCCAAGGACCACAGGGGGCCCAGCCACGAACCUUCGACGGAGACCAACAUGACUCAAGAGCAGCCCGAAAAGUCGCACAAAGACAACAGGAGGACGCGGAAGGAAAGGAAGAAGAGAAGCGGGGCUUCGGUGGAGGCGGAACAAGGCUUUACUCCCAGCCACGAGUCCACCAAGCAGCACGGACACAACCGGGUUCACAAAAACAGCCACGCGCAGGACACGGCCCUCUCGCACGCUCAUGCUGCCCACGGGCAUCCGGAUCCGAAUCCCGCCAGUGGAGACGGGCAUCGCCGUGGCAGGAAGCACGAGGGGCAGAUUGGCAUGAGGAAGCGUGCCGUCCUCUCGGCACAUCCUCACAAGGACCAUAAUGGAGAUGAGCACCACCACGAAGAGUGUUUAAACUUCACUCAGCUGCUAGCACAUUACGGCCUUCAUCCCACCUCUCCCAUUUCCCCCAGCUUGUUUACAUAUCUGUGCCCAGCAUUGCUGUAUCAGAUUGACAGGAGACUUUGUAUUAAACAUUAUGAAGAUCUGGUGAUUGAAGACUUGAAUAAAGGAAGAAAUGCAUCGAUUGGGAACAUGGAGAAAACCGGCGCAUCGGCCUGGAUUUGUGGCAUCAUUUCUAUCACAGUCAUUAGCCUGCUGUCCUUGCUAGGUGUGAUCUUGAUUCCUAUCAUUAACCAAGGGUGCUUCAAAUUUCUCCUCACCUUCCUGGUUGCUAUUGCUGUAGGAACAAUGAGCGGAGACGCACUGCUUCAUCUGUUGCCACAUUCGCAAGGGGCGCACAACCACAGCCACGAGGUCCACGAGCACCACCACGAGCACCAGCAUCUCCAUGGCCAUCCCCACGGCAACGGAGGAGCGGUCCAGGGUUUCCUAGAAGAGUAUGAUGCUGUGCUGAAAGGGCUGGUGGCCCUGGGCGGAAUUUACCUCCUGUUCAUCAUCGAGCACUGCAUACGAAUGUUCAAGCACUACAACAAACAAAAGACUAAACAGAAGUGGUGUAAGAAGAAACAGAAGGUCGAUGAUUCGCCAAUUGGAAGGAAACUUUCAGAUCAUAAGCUAAACAGGCCGGAUGCUGACUGGCUUCAGCUCAAGCCUCUAGCAGGAGCGGAUGACUCUGUUUUAUCCGACGAUCGACUUAAUGAAACGGAACUAACUGACCUGGAUGGCCAGCUUGACUCCCUGCCAAAGACCUUCGUAGAGGAGGAAAACAGUAUGCUCCACUCCCAUAACAACGUAUCCCAUGGCGUCCAGGAGAACGACCUCCCGGAUGUGGAGUACGAAAGCAACCACCGAGAGGACAAAAUCGUAGCUCGAAAGCACAACCACAUUUGGUCCCACAAACACUCCCACCAUUCUCAUGGACACUGCCAGUCCGGCAAAGACCUGAAAGACACUGGAAUAGCAAACAUAGCCUGGAUGGUAAUAAUGGGAGACGGGAUCCACAAUUUUAGCGACGGGCUUGCCAUUGGAGCAGCUUUCAGUGCUGGCUUGACCGGAGGAAUUAGCACAUCCAUAGCAGUAUUUUGUCAUGAGCUUCCCCAUGAAUUGGGGGACUUUGCCGUGCUUCUGAAAGCAGGCAUGACUGUGAAACAGGCCAUUGUUUACAACCUCCUCUCAGCCAUGAUGGCUUACGUAGGAAUGCUAAUAGGGACAGCUGUGGGACAGUAUGCAAACAACAUCACCCUGUGGAUCUUCGCAGUCACCGCCGGCAUGUUCCUCUAUGUGGCCCUGGUGGAUAUGCUUCCAGAAAUGCUUCACGGGGACGGAGACGACGAAGAGCACGGCUACUGUCCUGUGGGGCAGUUCAUCCUCCAGAAUUUAGGUCUUCUCAUGGGAUUUGCCAUUAUGUUGGUGAUUGCCCUUUACGAAGACAAAAUAGUGUUGGACAUCCAGUUUUGA